AUGAACGCCAGCAGCUCAUCAGCAGUACCUUCAAAGACAAAAUCACCCAAGAGCCCGGAGUCGUUCGAUUCACUCAGAAGACGCAACACAGCGGCCGAAGUUCUGCAAAGCUACGAGAAGCUAAGUUGGCUCUCGACAUCGCGUUGCGAGUCCAUCGUGCAAACUCGUGCUCAUUUCCAGCGUAUCGUUGCAGGAUUCGGCGACUUGACACCCGACGACAUCAAGUGGAACGAAGAUUUCACACCCCAUCCAGGAAGCAAGCCGAGCAAGAAGGGCAAGGAGCGUGCUAGUCUCGGUGGUUCCAUGUCUGGACCAUCUGAUACUGGUGGCAGUGGCAAAAAGGACAAGGGUAAGAGCCGACAGAGAGGAAGUACCGAGUCUGGAUCUCACGAAGAUGCUCGUACACAAGCCCAACAGCAGCCGAACAAUGGCGCAAGCAGAGGUUAG